AUGGCGAGAGAGCUUCUCGCACGCAAUCUGGGUCAAUGGAUCUCUGUGUUUUUGCUGUUACUUUUUCAUGUCAAUUUCGGAACUUGUUUUUACCUUCCUGGUGUUGCACCCGAGGAUUUCCACAAGGGGGAUCUGUUGAGGGUGAAAGUGAACAAACUAUCUUCAACAAAAACACAGCUUCCUUACUCCUACUACUCACUGCCUUAUUGUCAUCCAGAUCGCAUUGUUGACAGUGCAGAGAAUCUUGGGGAAGUCCUUAGGGGUGACCGCAUAGAAAACUCUCCUUACGUGUUCAAAAUGAGAGAACCCCAGAUGUGCAAUGUUGUUUGUCGCCUAAUUCUCGAUAAAAAAUCAGCCAACGAGUUCAAGGAAAAGAUAGAUGAUGAAUAUCGAGUAAACAUGAUUUUAGACAAUCUUCCUUUGGUUGUCCCACUGAGACGACCAGACCACGAAUCAUCCUUGGUUUAUCUGCAUGGCUUCCUCGUUGGCCUUAAAGGACAGUAUGCAGGAAACAAGGAUGAAAAGCAUUUUGUCCACAACCAUUUAACAUUCAUAGUUAAGUAUCACAGAGAUCCAGUGACAGAGAUGUCCAGGAUAGUAGGCUUUGAGGUUAAGCCUUUCAGUGUAAAGCAUGCAUACGAAGGUGAGUGGGAAAAUGACACGCGCUUAACUACAUGUGAUCCUCAUGCAAAAAGGUUAGUCUCAGGCUCUGAGCCUCCUCAAGAGGUUGAAGACAAAAAGGAGAUUAUUUUUAGCUAUGAUGUUGAGUUCCAGGAAAGUAAUUUGAAGUGGGCAUCUCGCUGGGAUUCCUAUCUACUGAUGGCCGAUGAUCAAAUUCAUUGGUUUUCAAUUGUUAAUUCUUUGAUGAUUGUACUUUUCCUAUCGGGUAUGGUGGCUAUGAUAAUGUUGAGGACACUUUACAGAGACAUCUCAAAGUACAAUCAAUUAGAGACACAGGAAGAAGCUCAGGAAGAGUCAGGGUGGAAGCUUGUUCAUGGGGAUGUUUUCAGGCCUCCUCCCAAUUCAGAUCUACUAUGUGUAUAUGUUGGAACAGGUGUUCAAUUUUUCGGAAUGAUUCUUGUCACAAUGAUCUUUGCAGCACUUGGAUUCUUGUCUCCCUCAAACAGAGGAGGGUUGAUGACUGCAAUGCUCUUGCUCUGGGUGCUUAUGGGAUUGGGUGGUGGCUAUUCUUCAGCUCGUCUUUAUAAAAUGUUCAAGGGACCACAAUGGAAGAAAAUUGCUCUCAAGACAGCUUUUAUGUUUCCUGCCUCUGCUUUUUCAAUUUUCUUUGUGUUAAACGCUCUAAUCUGGGGACAGAAAUCUUCUGGGGCUGUCCCGUUUGGUACAAUGUUUGCUCUUGUUUUCUUAUGGUUUGGAAUCUCAGUUCCAUUGGUGUUUCUUGGUGGUCACUUUGGCUAUAAAAUGCCACUGGCUGAAGAUCCUGUGAAGACAAACAAGAUUGCUAGGCAGAUCCCAGAUCAGACUUGGUACAUGAAUCCAACGUUUUCUGUUCUGAUAGGAGGCGUGCUUCCAUUUGGUGCUGUCUUCAUUGAGCUUUUCUUCAUUCUCACGUCAAUAUGGUUACAUCAGUUUUAUUACAUAUUUGGUUUCCUGUUCAUUGUGUUCAUCAUCCUCAUCGUUACCUGUGCUGAGAUUACAAUAGUUCUCUGCUACUUCCAGCUGUGUAGUGAGGACUACCGUUGGUGGUGGAGGUCAUAUCUCACUUCUGGUUCAUCUGCACUCUACCUUUUCCUCUAUGCUGCAUUUUACUUUUUCACAAAGCUUGAGAUCACAAAACCAGUAUCUGGAGUCUUGUAUUUUGGAUACAUGCUGCUUCUUUCCUAUGGAUUCUUCGUGCUCACUGGUACAAUUGGUUUCUAUUCAUGCUUCUGGUUCAUAAAACUAAUCUACUCUUCAGUUAAAAUUGACUGAUACAUUCAAGUCAAACCUUCAGAAAUUUGUAUACUCUUUCUAAUUGUUUUCUCUAACACACUCAUUAGGACCAUUAUCUCCUUGUCCUCAAUGUCUAUCUAGGAUAUCACAGUGGUAGAUACAUGAAAUCCUGUUAGAAUUUGAGAAUAUUUCUUUCUUUUCUGUAA